AUGGCAGCAGCAGCAGCAGCAGCACAGCACGGGCAGCUGCAUCCUGCUGGCUAUCUCCCGAUUUGCCGGGGGUCUUGGUUGGAGGCUAACAGCACGCAUGCUGCAGCAGCACGCACACUGGUGAACGACAGCACAGCAGCAGCAGCAGCAGCAGCAGCAGCAGCAGCAGCUCGAGUGUCUUGCUGGGGCUCCAGGGCCGCCAGACCUGCCUUUUUAGGAGCAGCAACUGCGCGGUUUGCUGCUGUCCCGAGCUGCCUCUAUAGCCUCAGGAGCAGCAGCAGCAAAGCCUACCCUGUUGCUGCUGCUGCUGCAGCACGGCCUUUGCUGCUUCGGCCGUUGCAGCAAGACAGCUCACAACCUCGUUCCCGUCUCCUGCAGCUAGCAGCGCGCAGGAAGAGCGGCAGCAGCAGCAGCAGUAGCAGCAGCAGCGCCGGGAGCAGCAGUGCAUCCGAGGGCAGCAGCAGAGCAAAGAGCCGUAACAGCAGUAGAAGCAGCAAAAGCAGCGGCAGCAGCAGCAGCAGCAAAAAGAGCCGCCGACGCGACAAAGGAACCGACGUAGAAUGUAACAACGACAGCAGCCCCAGCAGCAGCAACGGCAGCGGCAGCAGCAGCAACAGCAGCAACAGCAGCAACAGCAGCAGCAACAACAGCAGCAACAGCAGCAGCAGCAGCAACAGCGGCAGCAGCAGCAACAGCUGCAGCAGCAACAACAGCAGCGACAGCAGCACCAGCAGCACCAGCAGCACCAGCAGCAGCAGCAACAGCAGCAGCAGCAGCAGCAUUUUGUCCCGGGUGAAGCGGGGGCUGUGGCAGGCGCACAUUGCUGCUGUUGCUAUUUGCUCUUUGCCUGUGUGGGAAGCAGCUCUGCUGCUGAAUGUGGCUGUCUCAGCAGCAUGGUGCUGCUGCCUGUCUGCUGCUGCUGCUGCUGCUGCUGCUGCUGCGCGCGCCUGCAGCAGCGCAGGCCUGCGCGCUGCAGCAGCAAGGUGCGAGGGAUUUCGUGCUGCAGUGCAGCAGCAGCAGCAGCAGCAGCACCAAAGAAGAGCUGCGAGGGCCUCAGCAAUUUCCCAGCAAUGGGCGAGAACGGCCUUAACGGUGGCGGGUCUGCGGCCGCGGGUCUUGGGGCGCGAACACGCGGCCUUCUUGGGGGGCCCCCAGGGGGGCCCCUGUUUGGUGGUUUGCAACCACUGUGGGGUAAUAGACAUUCCACUAGUUGGGGGUUUUCUUCCUUUGAAGCACAUUCGUUUUGUUUCCAAACAAGAAGUCCUUUCCUGGCCCAUCAUCGGCCACGCCAUGCGCGAGAUAGGAGUUGUGGGCUUCGACAGAAACUCUGUCGGCGGCACUGUCAGACUUGUCCGCGAAAUGUCUCAAGUUGUUCGGCAGCACAGGGGGGCCCCCCAGUACCCUCUCAGGGGGGCCCCCCUGUACCCUCCCGGGGGGGCCCCCCCUGGGGGCCCCCCCGGGGGGCCCCCCCCCGACCCCUCGCAGCCGCCCCCAGGGGCCCCCCAGGCAAACCCCCAGCAGGACACCCUCGAGGAGGCCCCUGCCUGUGGGGCCCCACAGCUGGGGGCCCCCCGGCAGGGGCCCCCAGCACCUGUGGGGUGUCCAGAGCCAGGGACCCCACAGUGUGCGGCCCCACAGGGGGCCCCCCCGGGGGCCCCUAAAGAGGCCCCCGGGGGGGCCCCUGGAGGGGCCCCGGGGGAAGCUCUUGGGGAGGCCCCUGAGGAGGCCCCUGAGGGCGCUUCUGAGGGAGCCCCCCUUGAGGGGGCCCCGGGAGGGCCCCCUGAGGGGCCCCCUCGGGGGGCCCCUCAGGGGGCCCCUUGGGGGGCCCCCCGGGGGGCCCCCGGGGCCCCUUGUGCGCCUCCAGUUUUUUUAGGGUUUCCCGAAGGCAGCAGAGCGCGGGAUGGGCGGGCGAAGCCGCCAAAGUUGGGUCUUUUCCAAAUAGCAAAGAAGCUGGGUUUGUUUUUGCUGCCAGUCUCCAUCGUGGGGGCCCACAAGCUGCAGCCAGUGGGGGCCCCCCUGCCGCUGCCGACGGAGACACCUCUGGAGCUGCACAUUCACCCCGCUGUGGACACAAGAAACAAACCUGUGGUCAGCGCCUUGCUGCUGCUGCUGCUGCUGCUGCUGCUGCUGCUGCUGCUGCUGGUGGCAGCAGCAGCGCUGCCUCGGCGGGGUCUUUCUGUUGUCCCGCCCUGUGCGUUUGUUGGGUUUGCUUGUUGCUGCUGCUGCUGCUGCCGCUGCCGUUGCAACUGCUGCUGUUGCCGCUGCUGCCGCUGCCCUUGCAACUGCUGCUGUUGUUGCUGCUGCUGCUGCAGGAAGAAGCCGCACGAGAGACGUGGGAAGCUGUUGUCCGUGGUCUCCCCCCAGAGCAGAAGCCCCAAAGUCCGAUUCAGAUUUGACAUGCAGCAGCAGCAGCAGCAGGAAGAGCAGCAGCAGCAGCAGCAGCAGCAGGAACAGCAGCAAUAA